AUGGAGUCUAACGAAACAACGAUGGACAGUUUGCUGCCUGAAAGUCUACCGCCAGAGGAUGCUCUUGGAAACGUAGAAUAUAAGAGAACCUUGGUCAGGCCAUCAUCAUGUAGACUGGAACAUUUAGUCACUCAGAUGAAAUGGCGUUUAGAAGAGGGACAUGGCGAGGCUAUAUAUGAGAUUGGGGUGGAAGAUAAUGGAAUACUAGCAGGACUUAACGAUUCUGAUCUUGAAGCAUCAUUAGAAACAUUAGACACAAUGUCAUCAAGACUAGGAGCCAGUCUUACCAUUCUAAGAGAAAGAAGUAUCACAGAAGAACAUACAAAUGAGACAAGAAGAGCGAUGGAGAUUUUAGUUCGCAAGGUACCUGAUGAUCAAGAGUUUAUAGAUCUAAGGAUGGCAGUGUUAGGAAAUGUAGAUGCAGGAAAGAGUACUCUAUUGGGAGUGUUAACUCAGGGAGAACAGGAUAAUGGACGAGGGCGUGCCAGGUUGAACUUAUUUCGACAUCUUCACGAAAUUCAGUCAGGAAGAACUUCUAGUAUUAGUCAUGAAAUACUCGGCUUUGAUGGCAAAGGACAGAUAGUAAACUACAGUGGAUCUCGAAGUGUAGAAGAAAUCUGUGAAAACUCCACCAAGUUAAUUACAUUGUUAGAUUUAGCUGGACAUCAUAAAUAUUUAAAAACAACCAUAUUUGGGUUAACAGGGAAUUCCCCUGAUUUCGCUAUGUUAGUAGUUAGUGCCAAUAAAGGAAUGGUUGGGACAACCAAGGAACAUCUAGGAUUUGCUCUAGCAUUAGGCGUUCCUGUUUUUGUCGUGGUAACCAAAGUUGAUAUGUGUCGAAAAUUUGUGAUAGAAAAAACAGUAAAGCAGCUAGAACAUAUAUUAAAAUCUCCUGGUUGUAAAAAAGUUCCAAUGAGAAUAGAAAAUGAUGAUGAUGCUAUCACUGCAGCUACAACUUUUGAUUCAGAGAAAAUAACUCCCAUCUUCCAAGUUUCCAGUGUAACUGGUCUUAAUCUAGAUCUACUUAUAAAAUUUCUCAACGUUUUACCUCCAUUAAAAUCUCGACAUGAGAGAGAAAAACUGGUUCAAGAUCAUACACAAUUUCAGAUAGACAAGUUAUACAAUGUACCAGGAGUAGGCUGUGUUGUAGGGGGAACAAUUCAUAGGGGAUCAAUUAAAGAAAAAGAUGAAUUAUUAUUAGGACCAUCAGAAUUUGGAGAAUUUAAACCAGUUCAAGUUAAAACAGUGUAUAGGAAUCGUCUCCCUUGUCUGCACAUACAGGCCGGCCAUUCAGCUACUGUAGCCUUACACGAUAUAGACAGAACAGAACUUAGAAAGGGAAUGGUUUUAGUGAGUUCAGAAGUGAAGCCUAUAUCAUGUAUGGAAUUUGAAGCUGAUAUCUAUGUAUUAUAUCAUGCUAGUCAGAUUACUGUUGGGUUUCAAACCACAUUACAUAUAGGAACAGUCUGUCAGACAGCUAUUAUUACUCAGAUAAACCAGGCAAAUAUCAAAACAAAUCAGAAAGCCCGAGUGAUGUUCAAAUUAAUAAAACAACCCGAAUUUAUCCGAGUGGGGUCAAGGUUGAUAUUCCGUCAAGGUCGUACGAAGGGCAUGGGAGAAGUUCUUAAAACAAUACCAUAUCAUCAUAUACCAAGAUAA